CGCUUACAAAGCCUUAACGAGGCUCAGGCACUCGUUCAGCGGCUGAAGAAGCCAUGGGAGAAAGCGUAUCAGAUGACCUGGGUGGAGCCAAUUCUGCUAUUCACUGUGAAGGCAAGCAGCGAGAUGGGGCUUUUCGCAGCGCUGGAGACCCGUCCGAAGACGCCCGACGAACUCGCUAAAACUACAGGAACUGACGCUAGACUGAUUGGUCGCUUCUGUCGCAUAUUGGCUGUUAACGACAUCAUAGGAGCGACAGAUGAGAAUGCAUAUUUUGAGACCGAGCUAUCGCGUGCGUUCGCGGACCCGGAUGGCUUGGUCAACGGCAUCCAUCAUUCGUUCGACCUGAUACUACCAGUCAUUACCAAAGCUCCUGCCUAUCUCCGAGAGAAGCACUACGACAGUCCAUCGGACGGCGCCCAUCCUCCAUGGCGGACAUUUAUGGACUCUCCAGACCUCUGGACAUGGUUUCGGGAGCACCCAGAUGCUCACGCCCACUUCAACAGCUUCUUCGCCAUCCUACGAGCGGGGAUGCCACCAUGGACUUCGAUGUUCCCACCCACGAAGCUGCUCAAAGACUUCGACGCGUCAACAAUGCUUUCUGUGGACGUUGGUGGUGGCAAAGGCGGCGACGCUAGGCACCUAGCCGCCGCUGUAUCGUCGUCACAUCCACAGGCUCGUAUAGUAGUGCAGGACCAGCCAGAGGUCAUCGCCGCGGCCAGAGAGAGCAAAGACCUCCCAAGCCAGAUCGAGCUAAUGCCGUACAACUUCUUCGACGAGCAGCCCGUCAAAGGAGCUCGCUGCUAUUUCCUGCACAGCAUUUGCCAUGACUGGGCGGACUAUGAGGCCCACCAAAUCCUGAUGCGCGUGAAAGAAGCGUGUACGCCAGGGUACAGCAAGGUCUUACUUCUCGAGACAGUCCUUCCGGAGAAGGUGCAAGAUACGAAUCCAAGAGCAGCCGCCAUGGAUAUCAAUAUGAUGCUACUAUUUGGUGCUCUGGAACGGACGGAGCGGCAAUGGCGAGAUCUGCUGGAAGGGGCGGGUCUGAAGUUUGUGCGCAGGUGGGAGGUGGAAGGGAACGCUCAAUGUCUUAUCGAGGCGUCA